AUGGUCCGACUGUUCCUUCUUGGCGUCACUGGCUGGGUAGGUAGCUGUGCUGCCUACACAGUUGCAGCUGCGCAUCCCGAAUACGAAUAUACCGCGCUCGUACGCAGCGAGGCCAAGGCGGAGAUUGCUAGGAAGUUCCUGCCUGGACAUACUCGCUUUGUGAUUGGCGAUUUUGACAGCUUCGACCUGAUCGCCUCAGAAGCGGCAGCCGCAGAUAUUGUUUUGAACUGGGCUAGCAGCGAUCACGACGGACUCAACAAUGCUGUGAUCGCAGGCUUGAAAAAGAAAGGCAGCCAAUGCUAUCUGAUCCAUACUUCUGGGACUGGUCUCUUGACCUACGAAGAUGCAAAGAACAACCGUGAGGCGCAAGCGAGUUCCAAGGUAUAUGACGACUGGGAGGGUGUGAGCGAAGUUGUGGGUUUGCCGGAUGACGCAAUGCAUAUGAAUGUGGACAGAGUCAUCCUAAAUACCGCGGCAGAGAAUCCUUCUAUCCGCACCGCAAUCGUCGCGCCGCCUCUGAUUUAUGGAGUCAGCGCCAACAAGAAUGCGGCCCGUGAACGAAGUGCGGCGAGACAAAUGGUCAUCGAUAUCUUGAAACAUGGCAAAGGGUUCUUCAUCAACGAAGGAAAGGCGCGUUGGAACACAGUUCACGUGGACGAUCUCGCCCGUCUGUACCUGAUCCUCGUGGAACAAGCAGCACAGGGCGGUGGGAAGGCGACAUGGGGUUCAGAAUCCUACUACUUUGCUGAGAAUGGGGAUGUCUGCUUCGAGGAGCUUGCGAAAGAAAUUAGCCGUAUAGCCUGGGAAAAGGGACAACUCCCAACGGACGAAACAGAAAGCCUCACUACAAGCGAAGGGAACAAGCUCUUCCCUUUUACAACCACGGUGACGCUGCGAAACUCCAGGUCGAAAGCUGUUAGGGCGCGGGAGUUAUUCAACUGGAAUCCGGUCGAAAUUGGUGUUGUUGAAGACAUAACCAAGAACUGGCGAUUCAAUGCCGAGGAGGAAAAUCCAUUCUUCUAA